CUCCACCCAUCACCGUUCUCUGUUCCUGCAGACGAGCAGACAGGGAGCCAGAUGAGAAAAGCCGAAUAUGCAGCUGCCAUUUUCCUCAUGGAAAAGAGAAAGGGCCAACUGUAUUUGAGUGGACCAAAGAGAAAGGGAGCUUAGCGGUUAAUCAGUCCAGCGACCACAGCUACAGCAAAGGGCCAGAGUCUGCAGAAACUGACCCCAAAUUCUCCAACGUGCAGUCCGCAGACACCGAACCUGGACCCUCCAGUGUGCAGUCCAGUUGUUCCGCAGACCUGGCAGGGGAUACUUGGAUGCGAAUGGCCAAAUAUUCAGCAGCAGGCUUACCUGAUGAUGUAAUCCGUAUGGAAACAGGGCUUCCUGAUCAGGCCAUGUUUAAAAGGGUGGCGGGGUUGGUGGAGCGCUUUGAGGGCUCCAUUGUCUAUUUCGCUGGAUGGAAAGUGGAGGGCAUCCUGCUGGCAGACCAGGUCUUCAUGGCCAUGAUGAAGAUCCGGCAGAAUUAUCCUCACCUGCACCUUGCACAGCUGUUCCACUGCAGUACCGCAACAGUGGGUAAUGUGGUGAACACCAUGGUCCAUCUGCUCCACAGGUUGCUGUUCAAAAAAAUGAUGUCCACUGUGCCCAGUAGGCAAAAAAAACAAAACAGCAUGCCUGCUGCUUUCCAGUCCUCUGCCUUCAACUGCAGAAUGAUUGUCGACUGCACCGACAUCCACGUGGCCGCCCCAAGUCAGAUGGACCAAGCCAAGCUGACAUACUCCACCUACAGAGGGAUGCACUCCUUCAAAGUGCUCAUCUCUGUGGCCCCAAAUGGAGUCAUCAACUUCUGCAGCCAACUCUUCCCGGGCUCUGUGUCUGAUAAGGCCAUUAUGCAGCAUUCAGGCAUUCUGGAACAUUUAGUGGCUGGCGACCUUAUCCUGGCAGACAAGGGCUUCUUAAUAUCUGAUAUUGUGCCUGCGGGUGUGAUUGUGAACAUUCCCCCUUUCCUGAACAAGGGUAAGUUCACAGAGAGUGAGGUGAGAGCUACCAGGGAAAUAGCCAAGAACAGGGUCCAUGUGGAGAGGGAAAAUGCCAGACUAAAGGAGUUCAGGAUUCUGGACCUGAUUCCUUGCCACCUCAGGAACACUGCAGAUGUGCUGGUACAGCUUUGCUGUGCCUUGGUGAACCUGCAAAAUCCCCUGAUAAAGGAAGUAGCCAGCACCCUCACCGUUGACUAA